CUCCGCAGCUACCGGAGACUGGCCUUGAAGAGCCAUCCUUUAAAAUGCAAGGAGCCCUGGGCGCCCAAGAGGUUCAGGGAGCUGGCGGAGGCCUACGAUGUGCUCAGCGACCCCAUGAAGAAAGGCAUCUACGACAAGUUUGGAGAAGAGGGGCUCAAAGGUGGCAUCCCCUUGGAGUUUGGUGGUGAUAACCCCUGGUCCGUUGGCUACGUGUUUCACAACAACCCUCACAAAGUCUUCAAGGAGUUCUUUGGUGGAGACAACCCCUUUGCGGAGUUCUUUGCCGAGGAUGGCUCGGAGUUGAUCCUGCCCUUCGGCGGGCUGCAGGGGCGAGGAGCGCUGAAGCAAGACCCCCCGAUCGUGCGGGACCUCUACCUCUCCCUUGAAGACCUGUUCUAUGGCUGCACCAAGAAGAUUAAGAUCUCCCGCAGGGUGAUGAAUGAAGACGGUCAAACCAGCACCAUCCGAGAUAAGAUCCUAACAAUCGACGUGCAGCCGGGGUGGAAGCAGGGCACCAGGAUCACCUUUGAGAAGGAAGGAGACCAGGGUCCGAACAUCAUUCCUUCUGACAUCACCUUUGUUGUCCAAGAGAAACUCCACCCAAGGUUUAAAAGAGCCAACGAUAACCUCAUUCAUGUUGCCACCAUCCCCUUGGGAAAGGCGCUGGUGGGCUGCUCGGUGGAGGUGAGGACGCUGGACGGGCGGCUGCUGAACAUCCCCAUCAAUGACAUCGUGGACCCCAAGUACUGCAAAGUGGUGCCAGGGGAGGGGAUGCCGCUGCCCCAGGACCCCCGGCGCCAGGGUGACCUCCUCAUCUAUUUCAACAUCUGCUUUCCCAAGAAGCUCACGCCUGACAAGAAAAAGCUCUUGAGAAGCGCCCUUCUGUCCUAG